AUGGCGGUGAUGGGGAUCACAUGCCAAAGUGCUCCAGCCCCAACCGUUGGGCACCCGAAGGAGCUGGCCAUGGGUCAAGGGCCUCAGGAGACAGUGAUCAAGAAAAAGAGCAGCGUUUGCAAAGUCGACAGCCUGGAGAAGAAAGUGCUCCAGGGGCCAUGGAAGAUCUUGAGUGAUGUGAUUGCCAAAGGAACAGCCAAGGAAGACAGCGGGGAAGGAAGCUUGGCCUCAGUCUCCAUCAUUGCCCAAGCAGAGUGUGAGAACAGCCAAGAGUUCAGCCCCACUUUUUCCGGGAGGCCUUUUAUUGCUUGUAAACGAUACAGCCGAUCUUGCAGUCUCGAUCAGAUCCCUAACAAUGUGGCCCAUGCAACGGAGGGGAAAAUGGCUCCAGCCUAUCGGAGGGCCAUGCAUCGUGGCAAAGCACGGAAGAAUCGGAAGAAGAAAAAGGCCCGCCUUUUGACACCCGCUGCCCCGACUCAGAAUCCAAGAACUCCAGAGCAAGAGAGCUGCGUGCCUGUCCCAGUGCAGGAGGAUGACUCCCAGCUGGGCACCUUCUUCAGCAGCAGUUCGUGGCGUUCGGAGUCAUGCAAGGAUUUGGCCUGUGACCGCGACCCUUCUGAGAAGCCCAGCCACGUCCUCCCUCCUGGCAAGCAGCACUUGCUGAAGGAACGUGGCAAGCUAGAACUGUACAAGCUGAUCAGCCCCGCUCAGUGCCUGGACCACGUCUGGAAGUGCCACGCUCAGGACAAUUUAGUCCGUCUGACAGAGACCCUGGGCUUGAGUUAUGGCAAGUUGCCCCCAUCUUUUCGUGACCGUGGUGACUGGCUUCCUGCCUUGAGACUUGGCCCUCUGGGGACAUAUCUCUUUGAUGACCUUUUGCGUGCCGACAGUGAGCGUCACCUGUCUUGUCUGAGCUUGGAGCAGAGCUCCAAAUGCAACUGGCAGUCCUCAAAAGCCAAUUCAGACAAGCUGUCUGUAGAGGAAUUCCUGGUGGACGCGUUGAAGGAGAGCGUCAUUCAUGGAGAGCCGAGAAACUUGGCUGGCUUGGCCAAGACUUGGAAAGGAGGUGGAUCAGGUUCCAAGGAGAUAGAUGGGAAUGAAGGUGUGCUGCUUAUAGAGAAACUCAAAGCAGUGGACUAUGAGUACCGUGAAGAGGUUCACUGGUCCAAGUGCCACGGUUUGCUUGGCAUGGGAUCUUUUGGAGAGGUGUACAAAGUCGAGGACAAGCAGACAGGGUUUCAGUGUGCAGCCAAAAAGGUGCGUGUUGAACACUUUCGUGCAGAGGAGUUGACAACAUGCACCGGAGUGACCCAUGCCAAAAUCCUCCCCUUGUAUGGAGCAGUGAAGGAAGGCCCAUGGGUUACGAUUUUUAUAGAGCUAAUGGAAGGUGGGUCACUUGGCCAUCUGCUCAAGCAAUGUGGUUACUUGCCAGAGGACAGAGCCCUGGAUUAUUUGGCUCAAGUGCUGGAAGGCUUGGCGUACCUUCACACUCUCAACAUUCUCCAUGGUGAUGUAAAAGCCGACAAUGUCCUCUUAUCCAGUGACAGAAGCCGUGCUGUUCUCUGUGAUUUUGGCCAUGCAGCUCACCUUCAGCCAGAUGGCACGGAAAAGUAUUUGGUGACAGGAGAUCACGUUCUUGGCACGGAGACCCACCUGGCCCCUGAGGUGGUGAUGGGAAAGCGCUGUGACUCGAAGGUGGAUGUCUGGAGCAGUUGCUGCAUGAUGCUGCAUCUGCUGAAUGGGUGUCACCCUUGGACCCGGUACUUCAAUCACCCUCUGUGCCUCAAGAUAGCCAAAGAACCACCCCCUCUGAGAGAAAUCCCACCCUCCUGUCACCCAUUCACUGCGGAUGUGAUCAAGGCAGGCCUGCAGAAGAAGCCCCAGAAGCGGGCUGGUGCUGCAGAGCUGAGAGUGAAGGCUUGUGUGGCUUUGGAACAGGUGGGAGGCCUGAAGAGCCCCUGGAGAGGAGAGUACAGAGAACCCCGACACCUCCCGUGGGCACAAGGCCCCAGUCUCCCAGACCACCCGCAAGCAGCUGGGCUAACACCCAAGACUUCCGGGAGCCCCCAGCCAUUUGCCAGAAGUCCCAGCUCACCCCUGUAUCAUCAGGAGCCGGCAGAGAAGACCCCGUCCACCUCCCUGAGUCCACACAAGGAAUGGUCCCAGCCGUGGGAUUCUACUGCAGUCAGCAUCAAGCGAGGCAACUGGCGAGACUGGCAGACGGCCACUUUGGAACAGGAGUUCCAACAGCUGGAACUUGAACUGGUUCUGAACAGCCUGGCUCAUCCCUUCUCUCUGGAGGAGCAGGAGCAGAUCCUCUCGUGCCUCAGCCUGGACAGUCCCCUCCUGUCAGAGGCCAGCGACAAGGGCUCAAUGAAAGCAUGGUCUCUCAGCCUGAAGGACACCAUGAGUUCUGGGGUGCAUUCAUGGAGCAGCCAGCCGAAUGGGCACAGCUACAGCUGGAACAGCUGGCUUCAUCGCAGCAUACCGAUGGAGACCCCCCCGUCUUUGGAUGGGGUGAAAAUUGAGAUCCACUUGCUCAGUGGGGAGUCUCUCCAUAUCCGUGAAUUCCGUGGAGCCAAGGUGGGGCACAUUGCAACCGGGAUCAGCAGCCAGAUCCCAGCCUCUACGUUCAGUUUCCUCACCAAAGAAGGCCAGCCAGUUCACUGUGACAUGGAAGUCCCUGAUUCAGGCAUUGAGCUCCAGUGCGUUCUGGCUCCCAACUGCAGCUCUGGCUGGAAGUGGCGAGUCAGGCGGGGGCAGCUGGAGACCCGCCCGCAGGACUGCUGCCAUCUUACCCUUCCUUUGUGA